AUGCCUAAUCAGGUUAUGUUCACAAAUGUGCGACUCCACAGUAUUGCAAUCUAGGCCUAGAACUUGCACUUAGGUUUUAGAACAAAGAACACUAUCACCAGAAAGCUUAUGUAACCUAAGUUUGCAAACACUUAGGUCCAAAUGAGCAACAAGGAUUGACCUAAAUCUGCAUCUCAAGAAAAAGCUACUUUAAUCCUGUGCCCAUUUGUUCUUAUGUAAUGGCAUAGACUUAUUUUAGCCAGUCAAGCCAAAACUUUCAGGUUAUCUCCUACCCAUGGCAUCUACAGUAUAGGGGCCCUUUGGAAUAAAUGAAAAAAGAUCAGGGAGCCAUUCAAAAUUAUAGGGACAUAGUACUGGGUUGCUAAGUGGAGUUGAAAUAUAUGUAGGGACUAAGAUGAGAGCAGGAUGUAUGUCUAAUCUAUUUCAAACUAUGGUCCCAAAUCACAUUUUAAUUUGGCCUCAUUCCUCUUUUACAUUCAGAUAAAAAUGCUGGUGAAAUCAAACAGCGAGUAUGACUCCUUCCUCUACUGGAGACAGCCCAUCUCCGCCCCGGACCUGUCCGAGCUGGAAGACCUGGGUGUGACCAAAAGCAAGCCAACCAAGAAGAGCAAGAAGGCCACCAAGAAACAUAAUGCCGCCCUAGCCAAGCAAAGGAAGCAGCAAGAGGCCGAAUUGUUAGAGUACACCACCUUCAACUACUGGAGAGAGCCUAUCCCCAGCAUUGACCUCCUUGACUUCAACCUGCUUCUGUGAGGACCAUCCCAUCUCAUCCUCCCAGUCAUAAGAACCUCCUUCUCCUCACACUCACCCUAUCUGGAUAACCAUGGCUUUUGUCAAGUUUCUGGUCCACCCAAGAAGAAGUACUGAAUCUGUAUGUCUGUACUGUGCUUUUUUUGUGUAUAACCUCAGAAUAAUACUGAAAGGAUGAGAGGUAAAUGUUUUAACUUGCAGGUGACUGGCACUGUGAAUGACAGUAUAGGCACUUCUGCUUAGGUUUUCUCCACAUGCGGGCUACAUGACUCGAUGGCUAAUGUCAACGAACAUAACUAGGUAGAAAUCGCAACAAGGUCAGCCUUUAAAUUAAUAUAAAUAGUUCCAUUGCACACUGACUGCAAGGCUCCUGCCUCACAUUAAGGAUUUACGCAUUCAUAAUUUGUAUGGUAACUUGAGUAUGCCACAUCAUAUUUCUGAACACUAACAAAUGCAAAGUGCUGCCUCAUUUGAACUUAGGGAAAAUGAUUUCCCUUGACCUAAAACAACCUUGAAGAGUAGUGCCUACCUGAGCCUUGGAGUGUCUGCGUGUAGUAUGUAUAAGUAGGCAAAAGUAAAGCAAAGCACCUCCACACAGAACAGAUAUUGUACAAGCUCUUAGGGAGCCACAAACAUGACUGUCUUUUGCGCUUUGUAUUGGUUGCCUUCUGAUUUGUUUCAGACACUGAACUGACUGGCUCAAACCCACCCAAUUAAUUUGUAUUUCUUUAGUAUGCUGCUUUCAGUCUGCUCUGAGUAGGCCUCAACUGAGUGCAAUGACUAAGGGUAAAUGUUAGAUUCCACAAUGCAAGUUGUGCAAAUGCAGAGCUGGUCAACUGUUUUUUUUAUUUUCUGCAGACUACUGUACUGUCCGAUGUUUGUUUAAUUUGAAUGUCAAGGAAAGAAUGGAUUGAAAUGUUUAAUGAAAGGGAACUAAAUGUUUUUAAUUGUGUCAGACUGACGUUGCACGUGGUCUUGAAAGUACGGUAGGUCAAGUUCUAACUUAGGAUACUUUUAAUCGUAACGCUGACUUUUUGUGAGAUCGUGCAAUGAGCAGUAAAUUCCCAAAUGUGACUCAUCAUUCUUGGUCUGACUUUUCUGAAAUAAAUGAAGAUGAAGAUAUCCUGUGCAUAUCAAUCCACUUUGUUUACUGUGAGAAAUAAUCUCAAACUAAAGGGCUUAAACAUGCAGCAUUUUUUGAAGAGAUAUAAGCAUUAAUCACUAUUUACUUAUUUUGAAAUAAAUGGAGAAGCUAACGUCACAUUUCACUUACAAAAACAUGUCGUGGGCGAGAUGUCUCGUCAAACCGGCUUCAGUGUAAAAACGACCAUGCACCUUGUAUGCAUAAAAUUGACAGUUUAUGUGUACGGGAGGUGUUAAAAAAUAAUGUGAGUUCAAUCUUUUAUAAGCUUCUUAAACAUCAACAGCCAGAGUAGGCUAUGGACUCCUGUUUUGUCCUUCAGACAGCCAAUAAAAUAUAUGG